AAUCUUUCUCAAACAUUCCAAUCUACAUCUCUCUCUCUCUCUCUUCCCCCAAUGGCGAAGGAAGCUCUUCCAGCGUCCAACAAGCCCAAGCCCACCUCAGAGAAAAAGACGAAGCUCACAAAGCUCCCCUCACAUCCCCACCCUCCCUACUUUCAGAUGAUUUCAGAAGCAAUCUCCUCUCUCAAAGACAGGACAGGUUCAAGCCAGCCAGCCAUCGCGAAAUACAUGGAAGAGAAGUACAAAUCCAGCCUCCCACCCAACUUCAAGAAGAUCUUGUCCGUCCAAUUGAAGAAGUUCACGAAAUCUGAGAAGCUGAUGAAGGUCAAGAACUCCUACAAGGUCUCUGCUCCUGAUAAGGUGAAGAAGAUUGUUUUGGAUUCUAAAGAGAAGAAGAAAGAGAAGGAGGUGAAAAGGGUAGUUGGGGUGAAAGCAGAGAAGAAGAAGAAGAGCUCUGUCCAACUGCAGUCGGUGGCGAAGAGGACAAAGCGACUGAGUCAGGUUCUGACGCCGAGCGCGUUGAAGAAAAGGAAGGUUGCGACGACAAAGAAGCUUCCAAAGUCCAUCAAAUCUCCAAAGGCAGCAGCAAGGAAGGCUGUAGUAAAGAAGGCGAGGGUUUGAGAAAUUUUUAGGGGGGUGAUUGUACUAACUGCUUGUGUUAGAGGGUGGGUUUUGUAAUUAACGACAUUUCUUUCGUGUUAUCUGUAAUUUCCUUUUUAAGGCUUUGUAGUUGGUGUUGA